GCCGUGGACAGCAUCCCUUCGGUUGACACAAAAUAAUGGCAUGGAUUAAAGUCACACACCCUUUGGUAUGGCUCGCUGUUAUUGUCAGAAAAUCUCUCGCUCACGAUUGCACUGAAGAAGUGGAUAAAACACCAACAGUUGCUGAACCUGAUUGGCUGGAAUCCGAAGUGAUAGCUGGUUUCAGAGUAUGGCAGAUUCUCUUCCUGAUAUGCGCCGGCAUUGGCACAUUGAUCGUCGUGGCCUGCUGUUUCACCCGAUGCCGGAUUCCUCGAACUCGUCAGGAGAUCGAAGCAAACCAUCGCCGAAGUCAAAUCACCCUGAUGUUCCGGGCCUACUUGGACAGGAUGGUAGUGGACGAAAUAGACCUCAUGUGGGCAUUGGAUGAAGUAAAAGCAGCAGCUGAGAAGCGCAACAACAAGAAAAGAAAAAGAAAAAAGACUUCAGAGGAAGAAGAGAAUCGCAGUAAUCAAUCAGUCAAUUCAAACCUCGAAGGUGGGGAUGCUGAAAAUUCGGAUUUCGAUGAGCUGCCUAAAAAGAUGACCUUCACGGAAAGAAUACGGCGCUUUUUCAGAAAAGAAAAUCCCGAAAGCUUUAGCGACGUUGAAUCAAACCAACUAAGCAGCAAUUUAGACAAUUAUUCACUGUAAAAUAUUAAUUUAAAAUUUUAACU